AUGGCGGAAUAUUUCCGAGAUGUUAAUGAGCAAGACGUACAUCUAUUUAUUGACAAUAUCUUUGGUUUCGUCCAAGCAGGAUUUGAAGUAUUAGCCUUAUUGGGUAGAAUGCCUUCCGCUGUGGACGAUUUGACCGACCCUACUCCUGCUAUGACAUUUGCACAUUUAGAUGCUACUACCAUACUAUUAAGAGGAUUGGCUGCCAAAGAUAUUUAUCCAGCAGUAGAUCCUUUAGAUUCAACGUCAACCAUGCUUCAACCUCGGAUCGUUGGUGAGGAACAUUACGAAACCGCCCAACGAGUUAAGCAAACUUUAAAACAUUACAAAGAACUUCAGGAUAUUAUAGCUAUCCUUGGAUUGGAUGAAUUAUCCAAAGAGGAUCAUUUACUCGUAGCAAGAGCGCAAAAAAUUGAGCAUUUCUUAUCAUAA